GCCCCAGGCCUGGCCACCCCACCUGCGCCGCGCUCCGGGGCACAAGUUUGUGCCGCGCCGGCCAAGUUGCGAGACCGGAGCUUCUCCUGCGCUCCUGGAAAAGUCCCUGCUUCUCACUCAGGCUGGUCCGCCGGGCAUGGUCGCGCUGGGGGCGCCGCUCCAGGUCUGGGGGUGGCUGCUGCUCGGCUGCUGCCUCCUCGCUGGAGCCCAGAUGGAUUCUGAUGGCAUCAUUACUAUAGAGGAGCAGAUCGUCCUUGUGCUGAAAGCUAAAGUGCAGUGUGAACUCAACAUCACAGCUCAGCUCCAGGAAGGAGAGGGAAAUUGUUUCCCAGAAUGGGAUGGACUCAUUUGUUGGCCCAGAGGAACAGUUGGGAAAAUAUCAGCUGUCCCAUGCCCUCCUUAUAUCUAUGACUUCAAUCAUAAAGGAGUUGCUUUUCGACACUGUAAUCCCAAUGGAACGUGGGAUUUUAUGCACAGUUUAAAUAAAACAUGGGCUAAUUAUUCAGACUGCCUUCGCUUUCUGCAGCCAGAUAUCAACAUAGGAAAGCAACAAUUCUUUGAACGCCUCUAUGUCAUGUACACUAUUGGGUACUCCAUCUCUUUUGGUUCCCUGGCUGUGGCUAUUCUCAUCAUUGGUUACUUCAGGCGAUUGCAUUGCACUAGGAAUUAUAUCCACAUGCAUUUAUUUGUGUCUUUCAUGCUGAGAGCUGUAAGCAUCUUUGUCAAGGACAGAGUGACCCAUGCUCACAUUGGAGUGAAGGAGCUGCAGUCUCUGGUCAUACAGGAUGAGCUGCAGAACACCAUAGAAGUGCCUUCUGUGGAUAAAUCACAAUAUAUUGGGUGCAAGAUUGCAGUUGUGAUGUUUAUUUACUUCUUGGCUACAAACUACUAUUGGAUCUUGGUGGAAGGACUCUACCUCCAUAGUCUAAUCUUUGUGGCUUUCUUUUCUGACACCAAAUACCUGUGGGGCUUCACCUUGAUAGGCUGGGGGUUCCCAGCAGUGUUUGUUGCAGGCUGGGCUGUGGCACGCGCAACUCUGGCUGACGCAAGAUGCUGGGAACUUAGUGCUGGAGACAUCAAAUGGAUUUAUCAAGCCCCCAUCUUGGCAGCUAUAGGGCUGAAUUUUAUUCUGUUUCUGAAUACAGUUAGGGUUUUGGCUACCAAAAUUUGGGAGACCAAUGCAGUUGGACAUGACACAAGAAAGCAAUACAGGAAACUUGCCAAAUCAACACUGGUGUUGGUGCUGGUCUUUGGGGUGCAUUAUAUUGUGUUUGUGUGCCUGCCCCACUCCUUCUCUGGGCUUGGAUGGGAAAUCCGGAUGCACUGUGAGCUCUUUUUCAAUUCUUUUCAGGGUUUCUUUGUGUCUAUCAUCUACUGCUACUGCAAUGGAGAGGUUCAGUCUGAGAUGAAGAAGUUGUGGAGUCGGUUGAAUCUCUCCAUUGACUGGAAAAAUGCACCCCCGUGCGGCGGCCACAGGUACGGCUCAGUGCUCACCACCGUGACCCAUAGCACCAGCGUGGUGCUCAUCUCCAGCAAGGCGACCAAGACCGCCAGCCGCCAGCCCGACAGCCAUGUGACUCUGCCCGGCUACGUCUGGAGUAACUCGGAGCAGGACUGCCUGCCACACUCGAUCCACGAGGAGACCAAGGAAAGUACCGGGCAGCAGGGGGAGGGUAUUCCAAUGGAGGAGUGUUCCAAGUCGUUGGACUUUCAUUCAUACCCUGAAGGAAACAAAGGAGAAAUAGAAGAUGUUCUCUGAAUCAGCAUCUGCGGUUUUGAAGAGCUGGUGCAUAUGGUUGCAUGGAAGAAGCUGGUGGUAUUCCUCUAUUGAGUCCCAGAGCUGAAAAUUCAGGGCUAAAUUUUACUUCACAAAAGUUUUCAGGCUCCCUGAAUUGAUGGCUAUAAAUACAUACUAGAUAGACAAAAAAGAGGUGUCAAUGAGUAGUUUGUUACCUUAUUUGGGCAUCAAUUUCUCUCCUAAACCAUGUGUGCUACUUGCUGGGUUUUUUUUUUUUUGUUGUUGUUGCUGUUGCGGUUUUGUUUUUUUUUUGCUGCUUUUGGGUACAAAAUGUUUUAAAAUUGUUUGAUUCUGGCAUUCAUAAAUAUCACUAAGUAUGAUAGAGAUCAUUUAGUAUAUGCCAUUUUUCCUUUUAAUCAAUGAACAUACUCCUUUUUUUCAUUUGAAUGGCUUCUAGCAUUGUGUUUUCCUUUUGCAUAGGAGCAAUUAGGGCCUGAAAAUGUUGAAAGACUAAAGAUAUAAGAACGAGUAUGCACUGCAAAGUAAGUUGGCUGGAUUUUUGAUAUAAUAAUAAAUUAGUGAGAGUUAAGCUUGUUUCUUUCUGGGAACAAAGAAAAUUACUCAAGAUUGCCCAUAUUCCACCUUUUGAAUAUCACCUCUGUAACCAGCUAAAUGACAGGUCUUCCUUCACUCUUCUUCUUUGUAAAGCUUGACCUGUCACAGCGUUUCUCAACCAAUGACCUUGAAUUUGCAAACAUUUGAUUGUGAUUAUAUCACUAGUAGAUCUCAUUACAUCUUAGCUUCUCCCCUUCUUUGUUCUAUUGUUGUAUUUUAGAUUGCAUGUGGGCUAAAUUAAAUGUUUGUUUUGAAAACACACUUGGUCACUUUUUACAAUUUUCACUCAACAUCUCACUUUAUCCUUUGGGCACCAACCAAAUGACCCUUCUCCAAACCCACAGAGAUCAGCAUAGAGCUCUGGUACUUUACUAAACUUGAAAUUUUAUCAACCAUUUUGAUGAAAGAAUUAACAAUAAUUACAGGGAUGAAAAAAAAAACAUGAUUAUAACCUUUUAUAAAAGCAUUUUUAUCUCCCAAUAUUUCAUGGCUAUCAGUAUAAAAAUAACUUGAAUC